GAUUCUAAACUUUAUAAUAAGUUACAUAAUAUAAGUACAACUUCAGAUAUAAUUUACUGAUAAGAUUCAAAUGCAACUCAUUAAGACAAUCUUAUAUUUAAACUAUCAAGGUCAUUCGAAUUUAUAUAUCUUUAGUGAUGAUAAACAAAAACUAAAGAGGACUAAUUAACCAAUCACAAACUAUCAUUUAUUUGAUGCAAAACACUAUAUAUAUAUAUAAUAUUACCAAAGGUAGCAUCGUAUUAAGAUUGAAAUUGUACAAUUAUAUAUGAAAACUGAUUAUAAAGUACCCUUUAAUUAUUUUUACAUCAAUAGAGAGAAUAUUAAAUCUCUCUUCUAAAGAGAAACAUUUACUGUUAAGAAACUAUGAAAUUCUAUCUACAUAGAUCUUAUUUUCUAAAAGGGAAAUUAAAAUAAUGCCAAAAACGAAAAUAGUGGAAAGUGGACCAUUUUCAGAAAAUGAAGAACUAUGUAUUAAAUAUUGGUGUGAUAAUGGAGAUAAUUGGGAUUUCUUUACCAUGAUAACAGGUUUAUUAUUGUUAAUUAUGGGAUUAAUUUGUUCUAUCAUUGAAGUUGGUUAUAUACUUUAUACAUAUCGUAUACAAUGUUACUGUGUUGGUUUAUGGUGUUCUGGAGGUUUUCUAUUAAUUGGUACUCUUGCUAUGGGAUUAUAUCAUUAUGAAUCAGUCCCAUCAGCAUCAUUUAUGUUAUUCUGUGUAAUGUGUGACUUAUUAUUUGGUAUAGUUAUGCCACUGAUUGAAAUUGUUUUCACAAUUAACUGUGGUAAAUUAAAUGUUUUAUAUUAUCUAAUCACAAUGAUCUGCAUACUAGUUGGAUUAAUAAGUAUUGUACAUACAUUUUUUGUAACAAGAGAACUUUUAAAAUUACGACGACAGUUCUAUCGUGAAGGAUAACUCAGUACCAAAUGAAAAUAGAGACGUAUUGAAAGAGAUUUUAAAAAACAAAACAGAACAAUAAAACAAUAUAAAGGAAGAGUUAACUUUCUCUGGAUGAUCAGAACAGAUAUACACAUGAGUUGCUUCUCUCUUUCAACAAAAAUACUACUUAUUCAUUAAGAAGUACAUUUGUAUAUUUUUAGUACGGAUGCUUGAACGAUGAAAAGUAAGAUCUACAUACGUUUCUUUAAUUUAAUGUUUGGUUGAAUAAAAAGAAUUUUAAUACUUCAA